GCUCAAAUAAGAACACGAACUACAGUAGAUGUAGAAUUCAAAAGUCAUUGUAGCUACGUUUUUGUCGGAUUUGAUUCGCAUUUUUGUUGCCUCAUGAUCAAAAAUACUUUUGUUGAUGAGCAACUGAAUUUUUUUAGACGCAGAGGAACAUCUUCAAGCCACAUUUUGCACAGCCUUUUCAAAGAUGAGCGACUACGGCAGACGGUCUGGGCCAUCUUCGUCUUCACAGCAGACUACUCGUAAUACCGUCCAUAAUUCUGGCGCAUCAAAAUCUUCCAGCCCAGUCUCGUCCGGAGGCCCGGACACGACCACGACCCCAACCAUCUUCGAUAUAAUCCCGCUGGAUAUUGCCCUGAUCGCCCGGAUAGCGACGUUCAUCUGUUGUCUUCUCAUCUGCGUGAAGUGGCGCAGGUUGCUGAUCAACCAUUUUUGUUCUGCUACGGUGACAGGGUCGUCGUCAUCCUCCUCAUCUUCAUCCAGUCCGAGCACAAUUCUCGGUUUAUCCUCCCCGCUAAACAACCCCCGUUCCGGCAUAAACCAAAACUUCGGCAACGUCCGGGUGAUCCGACCCCCCCCACCGGUCAUACCUUUAAAUUCCGGCGAAUUCACCGGGAGCGCGCGGUUGCGAGCGUUGGCUGCGAACGCGAAUUCGGGCGAUACGCCACCGGGGAGUGGGAGGACGGGGGGUAGGUCUGGUGCGGGUAGUUCGGAGUAA